AGCGAAGAUAAGUCUUUUAAAAGUACAUGCGGCAGUCAGAGAUUUCCUCAGCUCUCCUUUUCUUCUCAGCUCACUUCCCAAAAUCUUUCUCUCUCUUAUACAAAGUACUCCCAUUUUCUCUCUACAGUGAUCACUGCUGACUACAUUUGCAAGGGAAGAAGAAUACAUUGAGAGAAAUUGUCGAUCAAGAAGCAAUAAAAAUGGCUUCCUCUACUUCUUGUUUGAGACUUGAAAAUGUUAUCUUUUCAUCAACUUAUAGAAAGCUGAGGCAAACUAAUGCAAAUGGCAGUGUCCUCCUCUCUUCACCUAUCCGUUCUUUCUCUCUUUUAUCAUCAUCUUCUUUGUUUUCACCAAAAUUUGCUCUCUUAAAAAAUUUACAUUCAGUUAGUUCUUCCCUCUCUGUCAAAGCUUCCUCUUCUACUGCCAUUGCUGAACCUGAAGGCAUCAAGAUUAAUUCAGUGUCUACAAAGCCAAUUGAGGGUCAGAAGACAGGGACAAGUGGUCUGCGAAAGAAGGUUAAGAUUUUCAAGGAGGAAAACUACCUUGCAAACUGGAUUCAGGCAUUGUUUAAUUCAUUGCCACCAGAGGAUUACAAGAAUGGAGUGUUGGUCUUAGGAGGGGAUGGUCGUUACUUCAACCUAGAAGCUUCACAGAUAAUCAUCAAAAUUGCUGCUGGGAAUGGUGUUGGUAAAAUCCUUGUCGGCAAGGAAGGUAUUAUGUCCACUCCAGCUGUUUCUGCUGUGAUCCGAGAGAGGAAGGCCAAUGGUGGAUUUAUAAUGAGUGCAAGUCAUAAUCCUGGAGGACCUGAAUAUGAUUGGGGUAUCAAGUUUAAUUACAACAGUGGGCAACCUGCACCUGAAUCCAUCACUGACAAGAUAUAUGGAAACACCCUUUCUAUAUCUGAGAUUAAGAUGGCAGACAUUCCUGAUGUUGAUCUUUCUACUCUCGGAAUCACAAAAUAUGGAAACUUUAGUGUUGAAGUAGUAGACCCAGUUUCUGAUUAUUUGGAGUUAAUGGAGAAUGUAUUUGAUUUUGAGCUCAUCAAAAGUCUCCUUUCUCGGUCUGAUUUCAGAUUUAUAUUUGACGCCAUGCAUGCUGUUACUGGGGCUUAUGCAAAACCUAUCUUUGUGGACAAGCUUGGGGCCAGUCUGGAUUCAAUUUCAAAUGGAGUGCCUCUGGAGGAUUUUGGGCAUGGCCAUCCAGAUCCUAAUCUUACAUAUGCCAAGGGCUUGGUCGACAUCAUGUAUGCAGAGAACGGGCCAGAUUUUGGAGCUGCAAGUGAUGGAGACGGGGACAGAAACAUGGUCCUAGGUAGAGGGUUUUUUGUCACUCCUUCAGAUUCUGUCGCUAUCAUUGCUGCCAAUGUGCAAGCCAUUCCAUACUUUACAAGUGGCCCCAAGGGUUUAGCUCGGUCCAUGCCAACAAGUGGUGCUCUAGAUCGUGUGGCUGAAAAAUUGAAUCUUCCAUUUUUUGAGGUCCCUACUGGUUGGAAAUUUUUUGGGAAUCUCAUGGAUGCCGGAAAAUUGUCAAUUUGUGGUGAAGAAAGUUUUGGAACUGGUUCUGAUCACAUUCGUGAGAAGGAUGGCAUAUGGGCUGUUUUAGCAUGGCUUUCGAUUAUUGCAUACAGAAACAAAGACAAGAAACCAGGGGAGAAGUUAGUAUCUGUUGCUGAUGUUGUGAAAGAGCACUGGGCAACCUAUGGAAGAAAUUUCUUUUCUAGAUACGAUUAUGAAGAAUGUGAAUCAGAAGGUGCCAACAAAAUGAUACAGUAUCUUAGAGAUUUGGUCUCUAAGAGCAAACCAGGUGACAAGUAUGGAAAUUACACCCUUCAGUUUGCUGAUGACUUUACAUACACUGAUCCUGUGGAUGGAAGUGUGGUAUCAAAGCAAGGCAUCCGGUUUGUUUUCACUGAUGGAUCGAGGAUCAUAUUCCGUCUAUCUGGAACUGGAUCAGCAGGUGCAACUGUCAGAAUCUACGUUGAACAGUUUGAACCAGAUGUCUCUAAACAUGAGAUGGAUGCUCAAAUAGCCCUAAAACCAUUAAUAGAUCUGGCAUUGUCCGUAUCAAAGUUGAAAGACUUCACAGGAAGGGACAAGCCUACAGUCAUCACUUGAAAUUUAACACCAAUUGGGAGUCUGAAGAAUCAAGUCGUAUGCCAAGUUAUGCUUAAUGGCAGGUCGGGCUUUCCAUCCUCUUCUGGCUUUACUUGCCAUACGUAUUGUUUCUGCUCAAUUUCGGUUGUUCUUUAGCUAGUAAUGGCAUUAUGGUUCAAUAAAUCUCUCCAUGUAAAGUAUGUAAAAACAUAUCUAUGCAAAUAAAAUCUCUUGCUUUCGCUA